AAUUUUAAACCUGUCUUUUUUGUGGCCUACGCCCUUCCAAAUUCCUUCCGUGCUGAGCUAAUGAGGCUCCUGGAUUGGCUACUAUGAAACCAAUGAGGGCGCGGUUAACGUCGUAGAGCCCGGUAGGUUGCCGGGAUAAAAAGUUUGCGGUGGCGGCCAGAGCAAAGUUUGGAGAGGGGGACAUUAUUGUGAACGUGUAUCCGUGAGAGUAUGACCGACGCAGAAGCGCAGAGCGCCCCACCGUCGGCUCCGGUGGAAGAACAGCCACAGCCAGAUAGAAAAAUUAUAGCCACCGCAGUCCAAGGCACCGUGAAAUGGUUCAACGUGCGCAAUGGAUAUGGCUUUAUCAACAGAAAUGACACCAAAGAGGAUGUCUUUGUUCAUCAGACUGCCAUCAAGAAGAACAACCCCAGGAAGUUCCUUCGCAGUGUUGGGGAUGGGGAGGUGGUAGAGUUUGACGUGGUCGAGGCCGCCAAGGUAGGCAAACCUCUCUCUCUCUCCCUCUCUCAGGGCUCGGAGGCAGCCAACGUGACAGGGCCCGGCGGCGUUCCCGUCAAAGGCAGUCGCUACGCGCCCAACAAACGCCGCUUCCGCCGCCGCUUGUCCCCUCGCAGCCCCAGGCCAGGUGACGAGAAGGGCGACGGCACCUCAGGCCCCACCUCAGAGGGAGGAAGGGAGCACGAUGGAGAACGGCCUGCACCGCGACGGCGCAGGCCCCGCCGACCCAGACAGGAAGGGCAAGAGGGCGAGGCAGGGGAACAGGAGGGAGGAGCAGAAGGUGACCAGCAGAGGCCUCCACCGCGCAGGUUUAGGCCCCAGUACCGCAGGCCAUUCCGUCCUCGACCACCUCCCGGGGAGAUUCAGGCGGGUGCUGCCCCCUCAGAGGGCCAGGCAGCAGACGGGCAGGAGGUGGUGAAGGAGGCCCAGGAGGGCCAGCAGACAAACGGGGAGCAGGCCAACGAAGACGGCCAGAAGCCCAGCCGACAGUUCAGCCGCCGCAGGCAGAGGAACUCCGAGUCUAACUCUGUCUCUAAAGAUGGGGUAGAGAAGCCCGACAAGCCAGAUAAGCCAGCCUCGGAGCCUAGCACGCCCCCUCAGACCUCCAAGCCAGCUGACCUCAAGGCCUCCCCCAAGGCCUCUCCUAAAGGCUCACCAAAAAUGUCCCCCAAAACCGCUCCCAAAUCACCAGAGGCACCUGCCACAACAGUUCCCGUGGCCACAGAAUGACACCCAUGAUGGGACCGUAUAACGUGACCCCAGGCAAGAGGUCCUAGAGAGGGUUAGCUGGGGGACCGAGCCCAUCUCACCACACCCACCACUGUGUGCUCUACACCCCCCCCUCCCCCCGCAACCCACCUUACCCGACCCCCUUCCCCCACUCCCGACUUGUCUUGUCUAGCUAGACACUGCAUAUGGGGGGGGGGUAGGAUGGGAGGGAGUUGCGUGUCUAUUCAGAAAUGUGAAAAUACACCUACUAGAGAAAAAAAGUAUAAAAACCUGCUUGGAUGCCCAGUUAUUCCAUAAUUCCCCAGCUAGUUUACUUUGACUGAGAAUGGGCACGAGCAGUAGAGGACCCAGCCGCUAUUUAAGUUCGAUAAUGAGGGGAAAACGAAGCAUGUGUGUGAGGGUAGUGGUUCAGGAGUUGCGAUGAGAACCUUGCCACCCCCCUAGUUUCUAAAACAUGCUGCAGCCCACACCCUAUUUGGAAAAUCAAGGCCGGGGGCUGGUUUAAAAAAAGCAUUUUUGUUAUACUUAUUUUUGUAUGCGCUUUUCUUUUGGAGGGGAUUAUGUGCAAUUUCAGUAUCUAAAAUGUUGAUUAAAAAUGUUUGCAGAAACCA